AUGUCUCAUCUCACCGGUCAUGACGCGGCUGGAAUGACUGAAAAUGUCACCGGAGAGAUCAAGAACACUCUCGCUGGAAUUUCCCAUGACAAGCUUAUGGCUGAUGUGACAGGUUAUGCCACCGAGUAUGGUCUUCAGGACAUCCUUCCAAUUCUGAAGAAGGGUGCUCUGGUCGCUCAGUCCCCGUCGGGGAUCGAACUCAUCCCCGAACUGAGUGAUGGUGAUCGUCGCAUCCUGACUGAAGAAAAUACUCGACGCUGGAAGCACCCAUUUGCUUUGUACUACACCAUCAUCUUGAAUUCGAUUUCGGCCGCUAUCCAAGGCUGGGACCAGACUGGAUCCAACGGCGCCAACCUGACUUUCGAUGUCCAAUUCGGUAUCCCAAACAACUCCCCUCAAUGCCCUGACCCGGCUACUUGCACCCGCAACCAGUGGAUUGUGGGCUUUAUCAAUGCGACCCCAUACAUCACUAUUUGCCUUUUUGUUGCCUGGCUUUCCGAUCCUCUCAAUCAUAUUCUUGGUCGUCGUGGUACAAUCUUCUUGGCCGCGAUCUUUAGCUUUGCAGCUCCCCUAGGCUCCGGCUUUAGCCAGCACUGGGGACAGCUCAUUGCUACUCGUAUGCUUCUCGGACUUGGUAUGGGACUCAAGGAAGUUACCGUGCCUGUUUACUCGGCUGAAAAUGCACCAACCAACAUUCGUGGAGGCCUUGUCAUGUCAUGGCAACUUUGGACAGCCUUCGGUAUUUUCCUCGGCACAUGCGCAAAUCUGAUAGUGGCCAAUACUGGUGAUAUCGCUUGGCGGCUGCAGCUGGGCUCUGCCUUUAUCCCUGCUGUACCUCUGCUUCUGGGAAUCUGGUUCUGCCCAGAGUCUCCACGCUGGCUGAUGACCAAGAAGAAUCACAAGAAGGCAUAUCAAUCCCUCCUCAGACUGCGGAACACUCCUUUGCAGGCGGCCAGGGAUCUUUAUAUGAUCCAUGCCCAGUUGGAGAUGGAAAAACAGAUGAUUAGUGAGUCCGGUUUCUCCAAGAAGGACAACAUGUUCGUCCGGUUUGUGGAACUGUUCACGGUGCCCCGCUUGCGCCGCGCUGUCCAGGCUUCUGGUAUUGUCAUGAUUGCCCAGCAGAUGUGUGGAAUCAACAUUAUCUCGUUCUAUUCCUCAACAAUCUUCCAGCUCGCUGGUGCAUCCAACAUUGAAGCACUUCUUGCCUCCUUCGGGUUUGGUCUGAUCAAUUUCGUUUUCGCUUGGCCUGCUGUGUGGACAAUCGAUACAUUCGGCCGACGUGGUUUGCUACUUUUCACCUUUCCACAGAUGUGCUGGACACUUCUUGCAGCCGGAUUUAGUUUCUGGAUUUCUACCGACAGCAAUGCACACAUCGGAAUGAUUGCGUUCUUCGUCUACUUGUUUGACGCAUUCUAUUCACCAGGAGAAGGGCCCGUCCCGUUCACCUAUUCUGCAGAGGUGUUCCCCCUGUCCCAUCGUGAAGUAGGAAUGGCAUGGGCCGUCGCAACCAAUAACUUCUGGGCCUCAGUCUUGUCGUUGACUUUCCCAUACAUGCUUCGAGCCCUUACUCCACAGGGAGCCUUUGGCUUCUAUGCCUUCCUGAAUCUUCUCGCUUUUGCUUUGAUCUUCCUUUUCAUGCCUGAGACCAUGCAGCGCUCCCUCGAGGAACUGGAUUAUGUGUUUGGCGUCCCGACCCGAACUCACGCCAAGUACCAACUUACUCAAGUCCUCCCCUGGUGGAUCAAGCGCUACGUCUUCAUGCGCAAGGAUGCAGUCUGUCCCGAGCUGUACUGGGUUGCUCAAGACCCCAUUCCAUCGCCCAGUGGAACAACGGUCGGCUGGGAAAAAAUGCCCAAGGCCGGUGAGAAUGAGCGUCACGCAGAGUAUGUUUGA